AUGAUACUGCGACCAAGAUCCAGUCGUGCGAGUGUCCUCUCUGCUGCUGCUGCUGCUGCUGCUGGCGCUGUCAUUGCGCUCGGAUUGCUGCUGAGCUUGGCGGCGGUUCGCUGCAGCGCGACGACAGACAAUGCCGACCGCCACAGCCACGGCAGCCACCUCCGGCAGCCCCUUGCAUUGCACGCAGCUCGCUCUGAAGAAGCUUCUUCGUCCCUGUUGUUGGACGGAGGUGCCGCAGAGCACCCGUCGAGCGCGACUCGGUCCGACGAACCGGCCGUUCGCAAUCUCGCCGACAGCAGUGGCAGUGGUGCUUCUUCGUUCACCGGGCCUGACGAUGACGUCCGAGCACUGAUGACGCUUGCUGCAGAUGCAUCAGAUGGAGCUCUGGCUGGACCAGUGUACGAGGGCCUGCCCGUCCCGGACUACUCGACAACCUACCUGCCUUGCCCUGGUGCGUACUGCGGACGGGUCCUGGCUGUCGUCCCUGCAAACGGAUCGGUCGGUGCGCAUGUGCGUCUGGCCACUGGCGAGUGUGGCGCUUGUCCGGAUGGCUAUCGAUCGGAUGGCUACGUCUGUUUGCCGUGCAGCGAGCCGAUUCCAGCCUAUGCCUGGAUGUACUUGAUCGGGAUGGCACUCGCAUACUACUACCCGGCGACCGCUGUCGUGCUAGUGAAUUGGGCAAAUGUGCGCGUGCGGCAGCACUUGAUUUCAGCGACGCUCGAGACGGUUCUCGCGAUUCUUUUCGCAGUGCUUGUAAACACGCCAGCCUGGACGCUGGAUUUGACGGGCUGUGCGGUGUCGUCGGUGGACGAUUUCUAUUCGAUGCUGCACAAUCCCGAGAUUGACUUUGAGUAUGUGCUCCAGUGCGGUCAACAAGCAGUCUACCCGCUAUUCUCAAUCGUCCUCGAGAUUUUUGGAUUUCAAUUUGCGCUGCUCUUGCUCUUUCGCGUUCCUCUGGUGUGGCUGCAACCCAAAUCUCAGUUUGAUCGCGACGUCCUUCUGAUGUCGUUCUUCCUCCUGCCAUUGGCAGCUCUCGCAUUUGUGUUGUUUUGCGGGCCUCUAUAUUACGCGUUUCCGUACCUGGGGAUUGUAUUCUCCCUGCUAUCCACCACAGGUGCACUAUCGGGGGCUUUUGGACAACGGUCCGUCGUGGCAGCCCGAAUGCAACAAGUUCCUUUGUUAAAAAUGAUUCGCGAAAUCAUCUUGUUGCCACACACACUGCUGCUGUUGACGCGACAGGCGGGCGUGAUGGGAUUUUCUGUCGCAGCUCUGAUCUGCUUUUACGACGGAUUCGAACCAGGCACGAGCGCCGACAUCCUGGCUCCCCAUGUUAUUUCCGUCUUGUUAACACCACUUGUUCCGUCGUUAUUAUUCUUUGCCACCGAGCGAGUGACGCGGGCGAAACGAUGAAGCGGUUGUCGUUCGUGUCUUGUAAAUUUUUGUGUUGUUAGCAAAAAAUGGCUGGAUUGCGUGUGGUUGGUUUGCUUUCGCUUUUGUAUUAUUAGUACGUAGUUUCCAUCG